UAUUCCCCACACUACUCUCUUCAUUCUCUUAAUUAUUAUACUCAAUUUAUUUAUUAAUUGAAUAAUUUCAAGAUGCAAAUUUACGGCCUUUGUUGUGUAAUUGAGAAUAAAGAAACUCCGAUUCCUUUACAAAAUGUUGUCAUUGAAGCUAAUAUUGUUGAUAUGAUAACUGAAGUUACAAUCAGCCAAACUUAUAAAAAUGUUGAAAAAGAUCCUAUUGAAGCUCGAUAUAAGUUUCCCAUUCAUGAAGCCGCAGCAGUCUGCGGAUUUGAAGCAGAUAUUGAUGGACAAAGAAAAGUAAAAGGCGUCGUAAAAGAAGCAAAAAAAGCCGCACAAGAAUAUACUGAAGCAAUUGAGAAAGGACAUGGCGCAUAUUUGUUAGAAUCUGAAUCCGCAGAUGUAUUUCAAUGUUCUAUUGGAAAUAUUACAUCCGGACAAACUAUAGUCGUAAAGAUUACGUAUGUUUCUGAACUUAAACACGAUUCUGAAACAGAGAAAAUCCGAUUUGUUCUUCCAACUCAUAUCGUGCCAAGAUACGGCUCUUCAACUUCGACUUCAACAUCAUCAUCAAAUGACGGGAAAAUUCUUGAGCCUGAUGCCGUGUUAUAUUCUAAAGAAGCUAAUUUUUAUUUAGACCUCACUGUUACUUGUAGAAUGACUUCAAUUAUUCAAAGUAUUGAAUCACCUUCACAUAAAAUUUCUACUGAAAUGAAUAUUGACGAAAAUCCUAAAAUUUCAAAGAUCACUUUAGCUGAUCAAAUCACUUAUUUAGAAAAAGAUUUUAUUCUUGUAGUUAAAAGUAAAGAUCUUGAUCAACCACGUGCUUUUCUUGAAUACAAUCCUGAAACACAAACUAACUGUGUUAUGUUAACUUUGGUUCCGAAAUUUUCAUUGAAUACAACUAUUACUGAACUAAUUUUUGUCGUUGAUAGAUCGGGUUCAAUGUCUGUUGAGCCUAUGAAGAAGGCUGCGCAAGCACUUGAAUUAUUAUUACGUUCAAUUCCUGAAGAUUGUUACUUUAAUGUAGUUUCAUUUGGAAGUCAUCAUGAUUCUCUUUUCCCUAAAAGUCAACUUUAUUCCGAAGAAUCUUUAUCUGAAGCUAUUAAUCUUGCUCAAAAGAUGACUUCAAAUUAUGGAGGGACAGAAGUUUAUAGUGCACUAAAAUGGUCAUUUGAAAAUUCAAGAAAUGAUAUGGCAACUACUGUAUUUCUUAUUACAGAUGGUGAAGUUUGGAAUGUUAAUCAGAUUGUAGAACUUGUACGUACAAAUGAAGAAAAAAAGGACGGUGACCUACGUCUUUUCUCGUUAGGAAUUGGUGAUGCGGUUUCUCAUCACUUAGUCGAGUCUGUUGCUCGUACCGGUAAAGGAUAUGCUCAAUUUGUAACAAAUAGUGAAAGGAUGGACAAAAAAGUUAUUGGAAUGUUAAAGAAUGCAUUGAAACCACCAAUCAAGGAUUAUGAAAUUACUUGGACCGAUAAUAAUUUCUUAGAAUCAAAUAAAAAUGAAGAAUCAGAUAUGAUGCAAGAUAUUAAUUUUGCGAGUGAUAAUACAUCAUCAUCACAAAAUGAUAUUUUUACCGAUUUUAAAGUUCAACAAGCUCCAUAUUUCAUUCCACCAAUUUAUCCAGGUGUUCGUUUUAUUGUUUAUUGUAUUUUGGAAAAAAAUAUUGAACCGUGUAAAGUUAUUACUUUAAAUGCUACUUCUCAAGAUGGUCCCAUUAAACUUGAUAUUCCUUUGGAUCCUGUCACUUUACAAGGUUCAAUUAUUCAUAGAUUAGCAGUAAGAAAACUCAUUCAAGAUCUUGAUGAUGAAAAAUCAUUUCUUCAUAAGAAUCCUAAAAAUGCUGGUAAAAAUAUUUCAGCUAAAGAAUAUAUUGUUAAACUUGGUAAAACUUUUAAUUUAGCAUCAAAACAUACAAGGUAUAAAUAA